AUGCUACAAUUUAAACUGGUUCUUUUGGGCGACUCGUCCGUGGGAAAAUCAUCAAUCGUUCACCGGUUCGUCAAGGACUCUUUCGAUGAGUUUCGAGAAAGUACGAUCGGAGCCGCAUUCCUUUCACAGACGUUGAAACUGGAGAAACAUGAGGAUGUGACAAUAAAGUUUGAAAUAUGGGAUACAGCUGGCCAGGAGCGGUACAAGUCUUUGGCACCCAUGUACUACCGAAAUGCAAAUGCUGCCUUGGUAGUCUACGAUGUGACACAACCUGGAUCUUUGGUCAAGGCUCAAAGCUGGGUUGACGAAUUGAAGCACAAAGUCGGAGAUCAGGAUCUAGUCAUAUGUCUUGUGGGCAACAAACUGGAUUUGUGCGAAGACAACGACACCGUGCGUCAAGUAGAUAUGGGAGACGCACAGAUAUACGCACAGGAACAAAAACUGCUAUUCCACGAGGUGAGUGCCAAGACAGGAGCAGGCGUGGCGCAGAUUUUCCAGGAAAUAGGUGAAAAGGUUUACGAACGGAAAGCUACCGAGUCUGCUGCGUCUACUGCUCACCAAUCCCGUAAACCUUUGAAUGUGGAGCUACAGAGACCUUCUACAAACGAUAGUACUUCUUGUUGUGUCUAG